UUUAUGUGUAUCUGUGGGGCAUAUUUUGUCGCAGCACGCUAAUUUUAAGAUAAGUUGACAACAUUAAGGCAUUUUUCGGUGCAACACUAUACCAUCCCCUCAAGCCGACGAGCGCAGCCGAAACAUAAAAGCGUGCGUUGCAUCGAAAGUUUUUCCAGCUGCCAUUGUAAACGUUGUUCAUUCACCGGGAAGAUGCCAAUGACGAGCCUCGCUUUGGACGCCCAAGCACGUCAACAACUGAUGAAAACGUUCAAGCAGUGAAGAAAAUUGUUUUGGAAAAUCGAAUCACUAUCAGAGAAGUUGCUGAAGGUGUCGGUAUAUCGCUUGGCUCGUGCCUUGAAAUUUUUUCUAACGUUUUGGGCAUGAGUCGUGUGUUAUCGAAGUUUUUCCCAAAAUUGCUGAGUUUUGACCAAAAGAACCGUCGCAUGAGCAUCGCUCAAGAGCUGUCGGAUGACGUCAACGACGACCCAGAGUUACUCAAAAAGGUCAUAACUGGUGUCGAAUCAUGGGUAUAUGGUUAUGAUAUCGAAACCAAAGCCCAAUCGUCACAAUGGAAGAGCCCAGGAGUUCUUACCAUAUGGUCGUACGGUCAAUGAACAGUAUUAUCUGGAAGUUAUGCGCCGUUUGCGAGAAGCAAUACGAAAGAAACUUCCAGAAUUGUGGAAAAACAAUUCAUGGCUUUUCCAUCACGAUAAUGACCCUGCUCACUCAUCUUUGCUUGUGAGAGAUUUUUUGGCCAAAAACAACACCAUAAUGCCUCAGCCACUAUAUUCACCGGAUUUGGCCUCAUGUGACUUUUUCUUGUUCCCAAAACUAAAGAGACCUAUGAAAGGACGGAGAUUUGCAACGAUUGAAGAGAUAAAGACUGCAUCGCUGGAAGAGCUCAAGGCUAUACCGAAAAGUGUUUAUGGGAAGUGCUUUGAGGAUUGGAAAAACCGUUGGCAUAAGUGUAUUGUAUCUGAGGGGGAUUACUUUGAAGGGGACAACAUUAAUAUUGAUAAAUAAAUUAUUAGGUUUUUUUUUAAAAUACAAAGUCACCUUACUUUUUAAACACA